AUGACUGAUGAUAAUGAAGCCUUUGUUUCUUCUUUUCUCUCCUUUUUUCUUGUUUAGUCUUUUCCAUGCCUUCAACAACCAAGACCACCACUUACUUGCAAAGCUCUCUCAUAACUUUGCUGGAGUAGGUUUGGCCAGGGUCUGUCCGUUUGGCUGUCUACUUACCCAAGGUGUCUACGGAACAUACUUGUCUGUCACGACUUCUGUUCCUGCCGUGCGUGAGCAGUCGUGGUGCCUCGCGUUAUGGUGUUGGUAUUUUUGGUCUCAAGGUGGUUUGGAUAUUGCACAGGUAGAACAGAAGUUGGACGGCGCGUGCUAUAUGUAGGUGCAUGGGAGGUAGUCUGGGUGUGGAAAGACCCGAGAAGCGCGUGUACUAGCCAGACGGCCAGCCGGUUCAGUACAGAGUCCAAGGUAGAUG